CCAAGACAGAUAGCAACAAGGAGCUCGGAGAUCUUAAAGAUGCAGAAGAAAGGAGUUAUCUCAGUUGUCCUCCUCGUUUUCCUCAGCUGCCACCUUGGUUCUGCUCUGAAAUGUUUUUCCUGCAGCGGAGAAUGUGAAGAUAAAACCACUAAGGACUGUGCACAGGACGACCUCUGUAUGGUGCAAGAAGUUCGUUCUGAGGAUGGAAAAACCUCAGAUCGGCAGAUGGGCUGUCAGAAUUCACAGUAUUGCAAAAACGAACAGAUGUAUGGUAAUAUAAUCCAGAAGUGUUGUGAUAAAGACAUGUGUAAUGACCCCAAGAUGGUCAUGGCCGACACUUCAAAACCCGUCGGAGCCAGUGACGUCAGUAGAGAGACCAACCUGCGGUGCUAUAUGUGUGACUUCCCUUGUGUUACCAAGUCAGAAACCACCUGUAAAAACCAAGAGGUCUGUGUGACCAAGACCGGGAGGUUUGGGGGUGUCGACUACCGUAAACGUGGAUGUGCCAACACCACAGUGUGCAACACAGACACCCCAGAAAACAUGGCGGGGUCAACCUUCUCAGCCAGGAAUAAGUGCUGUAACACCAACCUGUGCAACUCUGCUGUUCACCUGAAAGUCCCUGCUGUUGGCAUCCUGGCAGCCAUAGUGGCGGUAUGGAUAUCCAAACUGUAAAUAUAGGAUGAACGGCUGACACCGGCGCAGCACCCGCUCUGUUGUUGGUGGUUUUUCCUGUCCGUCUCUUUAUAGCAUUUAUGUACAUGAGCUUCUUCCCACAGGAUACGUUCCGCUCAUCGUCCAGAUGUCAUGAGAACGUCCAAUAAUUAACCCACAAUAAAAGAAUAUUUUUAUCUUAUCUCUGUUGUUAGGACUAUUUAUUUUAUAUUAUUAUUAUGACAUAUAUCU